GUUGUCUUGGUAUUACUCUAUGGCAUAAAACCUGAUCAUUUAGAAAAUGAAAAAGCUUGGAAUAAUGCUGUUUCUUAUAUAGUGAUAUAUAGCACUACAUCUCUAGUAGAGAUCUGUUAAUAUGAGAUCUUUAUUCCUUACUUUUGUUACCGGGGCUACGGCCUCGGCGUCGUAUCUGGCGUGGACGGCGGACUCGUUUAUCCAACAUGGCGUAAAACCGACCCAAGGCUAUAGCGAAGCAACUCUAUAUUCAGGGUACGAAGCCGCAUACACGCUUACUCGGAACGAGACGUACGUAGAGUGGUACCGGGGGCAGAUCGAUGGCGCAGUUGUCCUAGAAAACGGCACAAUCAAGGACUGGAAAAGCGAAUUCUAUUCUUUGGAUAACUAUCGGAUCGGCAACAACAUCUUAUGGUGGUACGAGCGUACGGGGCUCGAAAAAUAUAAGAACGCUGCAGAUGUCAUCCGCGCGCAGUUAGAUAGGCACCCGCGGACUGCUACCGGCGGCUUCUGGCAUCGCCAGCCCAACUACCCUAACCAGAUGUGGCUCGACGGCAUCUUCAUGGCAGAUAGCUUCUACGGGAAGUGGACGCGCCUGUUUGACGCGGAGAACGAGACUGCAUGGGACGAUAUCGCGCGCCAAUUCGAUAAUAUUGACGCACACACGCGGAAUCAGACAUCGAAUCUCUUGGUUCACGGGUACGACGAGAGCAAGCAAGCAGUAUGGGCAGACCCCGUGACGGGUGCCGCGCCGUUGGUAUGGAAUAGAGCUGUCGGUUGGUAUUUCAUGAGUCUGCUUGAAGUUAUUCCUUUAUUUCCACCGCGCCAUCCUGGUCGCGAACGGCUCACCCGCUACUUCACGACGCUCGCGGCGGGUCUGAAGAAAGCGCAGGACGAGGAUUCUGGUAACUGGUGGCUCAUCAUGAGCGAGCCGUACCCAGGAGCACCAGGGAACUACAUCGAGAGUAGCGCUUCGGCCAUGUUCACCUUUGGUUGGCUGAAGGGUAUCCGGUUGGGCUUACUUGACGAGAACGAGUAUCUCGAGCCGGCGCUCAAGGCGUACCAUGGACUUAUAGAGAAGUUCGUGAAAGCAGAUGACGAGGGCACUCUGAAUUGGGAGGGGACCGUAGAAGUUGGUUCCCUGGGCAGUAAUGGAACUUACGAGUAUUAUAUCUCGAUACCCCUGGUUGAAAACGACCACAGGGGAGCUGGAGCUUUCAUGCUUGCGGCUUAUGAGAUGGAAAGACGUUAGAUGUUAAUAACUAUUCAAUAGGUUGACGGCAUGACUGCUAGGUUAGUUACAUUAGUCUUAUUCUAGAAACCUACACCAUAACUGAAGGUAUAGAUAGUACUCGGAGGUAUGUAAUAAGACUUAAUGGAUAGAGAAGAUCUUGUCGCGCAAUAUCAUUGUUAUCCCAAUAAGAGGUAGGUACCUAAUGGAUUAAUGGUUACCUCUAGUGUUUUUGUUUUCGAGCCGUCGCUGUGAUGUACUUUCGGUAAUUUGCUUUUUAAACUUCAUAAUAGCGUCUUCCCGGCCAAGUUACGUAGAAGGCAAGCAUAUCGUAGUUGUAUAUAAACUUCGAAACUUCGGCACGUCUGAAAGGACAGGGGUAAAUCAAGGCAUCCAGGUCUUGCGUGCACCAAGCCUGAAGGAUUUCUGGCUCGAUGCUACGCUGCCGGUGCCAGAGUUGAAAACCCAAGUUAUUCGCGCGCAGGGGUUGAAAAGGAAAAGGAAAAGGAAAAGAAAAUGAUAUGGUCGUGCUAACAGUCGGUACUAUGUAAGUUAAUAUCGUAUCGCAGAGCUAAAUACCUAAAUUCUUGAGCUGGGAGAUUCG